GCUUUCGCUUUGACAACAAAAACAUACACUUUUUGAGUGAAUGAAACAUAUUUUAAAAUUUUAAUUCAGUUUAAAAGUCCAUAAAUUGGUGAUAUAUUUGAGUGACAGGGCACCCACCCGGUUCACUACAACAACCUGCUAACAUGUACAAGUUUAAAGUGUCCAAAUACAAGAAUGUGCAAGCUCAUAUACCCGCUAAACACGAGGCCUGGAUUACGGACGACAUAAAUGUCAAUAACUUUGCCGUUCACUCGAACCUAAUCGCGUCGAGCGCCUCAUUGCUGGCUUACAAUCGCACCGGCGGAAAUAUCGGAAUCGCAAACAUUAAUGAUUUGCAAAGUGGUUCAUCAGUACUCAGAGCGCACGGAAGCGAUGUGACUGAUCUGGACUUCUCGCCCUUCGAUGACGGCAUACUGGCCACGGCGUCCAGUGCCGGACACGUGAACCUCUGGCAGUUCACACAACUCUCGCCAAAGAUAGUCAUUCCAAACACAGCCACCCAUUCAUUCACGAGCGAAGAACCGGUCGAUUUGAUCCGAUUCCACACCACAGUCGAGACGAUACUCGCGUUCGCCACCAAAACUCGACUCAAACUCUUCGACAUAACCAAAGGCCAGGCGUUUGUAAACUCAACGAAUUGCUCACAAAUACAAAGUAUUGACUGUAAAUACGACGGAAAGCUAUACGCGCUGACCGAUGGAGGGGACAGUUGUGUCAAGAUAUGGGAUCCCAGAGUCGACGACUCCGGCGAAGCCUUCGCCAUGGAGUUCAAGGCUCACGACAGCGACAGAGACUCGCGAGUCAUAUGGUUGGGCGACAACCCGUAUGUCCUUUCGUGCGGUUUUAAUAGACGAAAGGCCAGAGAGGCGUUCCUAUGGGACACCCGUUCCACUCAGAAACCCGUGUCCGCGAUGAAUGAGUUCGAGCCCUCGCAAGGGGUUUGGAUCCCGUUAUUUGAUUUCGACACUCAAAUGGUGUUCAUCGCCGGUAGAAACGACUCGGCCGUCAAUCACUGGGAGAUCAAUGAUCUCAUCACCGGUAUGGCACAGUUGGACAACAAUGGCGUCAAUAAGAAAUCGGUUGAUAUACAGACCAAAGGCGCGGCAAUUGUUCCCAAACGAGCCCUGAAUAUCAUGCAAACCGAAGUGAAUCGAGUGGUACUACUGGGCGCCGACAGUAUAGCGCCGGUGAGCUAUCGGGUGCCCCGCAAGUCGUACAGAGAGUUCCAUUCGGAUCUGUUCCCCGAGACUAAGAGUCCCGACUCUAACAUCAGU